CUCGUUUUCUGCAAUGUGAUGACGUCAUGUAAGUCGCUAGCGACGUGAAAUGUAGUUCGAUUUUUCCAACUACAAGCGAUAUUAGCGAGCGAUAAAGAUUUGAAUGGAUAUCGAAAUGUCUCGUGUUCAAACGUGUGGAUUAUGUGAAAUCAUAUGUAAUGAGGACGAAGUACCCAGCCAUGAGUGUCUUCAAGGAUAUUCUAAUUUCAUUACAGAUAAUAAUUUGUACUUUUACCCUGUAUUAGACGAUGGAGAAACUAUUGUUAGAAGAAGCUUGACACAGGACGCUGAAACAAUAGCAUCUGUACCUUUUCAUGGUGAUAAUCAAGGUCAGAUAAAUAGAAUAUUCGAUCCAUUAAUAAUAAUAGAUUUCAAUCAAAAGAGCGCAAAGGAAAAACUGUCACUUGAGGAGGAGGAGAUGCUAAUAUUAGAAGUCCAAUGCAGAGAACCACUAUGGAAUUUUAGAUUACCUCUCAUUCAAAGAAAUUGCAGAAUUACAAGAGCUUUGUGGGAAGAAGUUUCUCAAACUUUUAAUGGGAAAUUAAGCGCAGCUGGAUGUAAAAGCAAGUUCAAGAAUUUUCACGACACUUAUAGGAGACUUGUGAACGCUGAGAAACUACCAAGUGGAUCUGCUUCCAAAAGCAACAUGAGCAAAUGGAAACAUUAUAAAAUACGAUUUCUAAUAUUAACGAUGGAGACAGCAACAGUAUUAUCGAGAAUGAUAAUGAAUUAGAUUGCCAAGAUGCGAAUAUGUUAGAAGUUACUAAUAAUGAAGAUAGUCAAGAUACGAGUAUAUCAGGAAAUCAUGUAAGAAAGAGAAGGCGAGCAGAGUCACAAAACAGCUACUUAGAACGUAUAGCAGACGCUUUAUGCCAACCACCUCCUGACAUUGUUCUUCCACCACCCCCUCAAGAAGACCAUAUAGAUGCGUUCUUAAAACUGUUUGGUCAUAACUUAAGAAAGUUAUCGCCAGAAAAACAAAAUGAAUGGAUGCAACGAUAUUUAAAUAUGUCUUACGAAAUGUUAAAAGAAAACCAAAGAUAUUAAUGAAAUAUUAACUUAAAUAUUAAAUUAGCUUAACAAAAAUU